AUGGAAUUUUUCUUUUUCGUUUAUUACGUCAUUUCCACUCUCAAAAUUUUCCACAUUCUCUUCAUCUUCACUUCCUAUUUCAUUCUCUUUCCUUUUUCUUUCUUUCUUUCUUUCUUUCUUUCUUUCUUUCUUUCUUUCUUUGUUCGCCCCUCCAUUUUCUUUCUCUUCCUCUUUCAUAUUUAUUCAAAACAUCCUUUUUCUUUUUCCUUUUUUCUCCUUGUUCAUUCAUUCAUUCAUUCAUUUAUUCAUUCAUUCAUUUAUUCAUUCGUUUUUUUUUUCUUUCUUUCUUUCUUUCAGUCUCUGUUUUUCAGUCUUCUUUUAUUUCGUUUGUCUCUUUCAUUUUCUUUCUUUCUUUUUCAUCGUCUAUUUAUCUUUCACUUUCACUUUCACUUUCACUUUCAUUCAUUAAUUUUUCUAUGUUGUCUUACUCUCUAUCUUAUUUUUAUUUCUUUUUCUUUCUUCCGUUUUCUUUCUUCUUCUUCAGUUUUGUUUUUAUUUGUCUUUUUUUCUCCAUUCCUAUCAUUUCUUUUUUUCCUUCUUCUUCGUUCAGUAUUUUCUUUCUUUCCCUUUUUAUCAUCCACUUUUCUUCCCUUUAUUUAUAUCUUGCUUUUCCUUUACCUUUUCAUUUUUCUCUUUCUUUUACAUUUUCUCUUUCUUUUACUCUCUCUCUCUCUCUCUCUCUCUCUCUCUUUCUUCCAUUUCGUCGUUCCUAUUUUUACCCUUCUCCUUUUUUUCUUAAUUUUUCUCAUUAUUGAUAUGAGUUCUUUCUUUCUUUCUUUCUUUCUUUCUUUCUUUCUUUCUUUCUUUCUGUUCAAAUCGACUCUCAUAAAUACAACUACAAAUCAACUGAAACCUUCAUGCACUCAUCGUAUUAUCAUUUGUCCAGUAUCGAUUACAAAAUCGAUACAAGAUGUCUAA